CCACAAAUGUGAAAUUGUAGGGCUUUUUUGUUUGUCUUUUUUUACAUUAACAGAAUACAGACAAAUAUUUGAACACAUGUGUAUUGGAAAAGCAGCUACUGUCAUAAAGCAAAUAACAACAUAGAUAUAUAUUUUUCCCAGUCUGGGUUUUGCAUGGUGCCUCUGCAACAGAUUUCUAUUUUUUUUCUUUUUCUGCAUUGACCAGUGGAGCCUCUUGAGGGCGCUAAUAGCUCUAUUCACUAUACGAUUGUUCCAUUUGACUGAGGAUGUGUGACUGUGAUUUUCAGGAACAUUACAUCAUCGUUGUCUAAAGCCCUACACACACACACGCCGCAUCUCUGGCAGCAGGUCAGAGGUCAGGGCAGACUGAGAUGUUUCGUUUUGCACCUUUAGCGUAAAGUUCUGCUCUUCUGAAUCCGGGAGGUGGGGAGAGAUGUGGAGGAGGAGGAAGAGGAGGAAGAGGCUGGUCUGUCGGCUGCAGGAUUCCAUCACUCUUGGCAACCGUUGUUGAGUUUCCACGGAAACACUAAGCAAUGUUCCCUGCUUUCUCUUUUGUCCUCCUUCAUCACUCUCUGCUGUCGCUCUCUCUCCCUCCCUCUCUCCAUCCCGUCUUUAUCGCUGGUCGACCUCCCCCUUGCGUUGCCACGGCGAUGCUCGGAGUCCGCCGCAGUGUUGGAGCGCAGAGUUGAACUGAUCGCCUUCCUUUUGCUGUUUGUUCUUUUCUCUUUAAAGAAAAAAAAAAUUUUUUUUUUUUGCAACCUCUCACCCAACCUCCCCACUGGGCAGAGGGCAACCAUUUGGAGUGUCUUGCAGAGUGACAUCAGAGGAAGUUGGAUGAAGUUGGAAAAACUCUUGUACUCUUCUUCUUCUUUUUCUUCUUCUUCAAUCUGCGUUGAUGUUUUCUCCACUCCGGCGCUCUGAGACACCUUUGCGGGGACCAAACUCCACUCUGUGAACACUUCUUGAGAAAAAGACAAAAAAAUAAAAAAAACUCGCAGAGAGAGAUGAGUGAUGAGGCGGAGGAGGUGCAGCUCCCUGUGGGGGUGACGGAAACUGAGGAGGAGCAACAGGAGGAAGGACUUUUCCAGGAGUUGUUGGAGGAACAAGAGGAGCGGGAAGAGGUGGAGGAGGUGAAGAUGUCACUCACAGAGGAGAUGCAGGAGGUGCAGCCAUGUGAGGUUGAGGAGAUGCAGCAAGCUGAGGAGAAGGAGGAGCAGCAGCUGCAGGAGGAAGAGGAGGAGGAGGAGGUGCAGGGUGAGGAGAUGCUGCAAACUGAGCAACAGCAGCUGCAGGAAGACGAGGGGAAGCACAUCGAGGAGGUGCAAGACUUUGUUGACACUCUGGAGCAGAACCACAACAAUCAGGUCCUGAUCCGACUCAGAGGAAUGCAGAAAUACAAAAUUACAUCUCAGAGGCUGAAGGCGGCCCUGGAGCAGAUGGACCGGGGCGUCGUGGACCUGCAGGAGCUCCGCAGGAACCUGGAGCUGGCGGCGGCCAUGUUGGAUGCCGUUUACACAGACGAGACCAGGCGCCUGCUGGACACGGAGGACGAGCUCAGUGACCUGCAGGCGGAGUCCGUGCCGAGCGAAGUGCGCGAUUGGCUGGCGUGCACUUUCAGCAGGAAGAUGGGCGUGGCCAAGCGGCGUCCCGAGGAGAAGCCGAGGUUCAGGAGCAUCGUUCACGCGGUGCAAGCCGGAAUCUUUGUGGAGAGGAUGUACAGACGGACUUCUAACAUGGCUGGGCUGACCUACCCUCCCACAGCUUUGAGAGCUCUCAAGGAGGUGGAUCAGUGGUCCUUUGACGUUUUUGCUUUCCACGAGGCCACUGGAGAACACGCCCUCAAAUUCCUGGUGUAUGACCUGCUGACCCGCUAUGACCUCAUCAACAGGUUCAGGAUCCCUGUGCAGGCUCUGGUGCAGUUUGUUGAGGCUCUGGAGAACGGCUACAGCAAACACAGGAACCCCUACCACAACCUGACCCACGCCGCCGACGUCACGCAGACCGCCCACUUCCUGAUGCUACACACCGGACUGAUGCACUGGCUAAGUGAGCUGGAGAUCCUUGCCAUGGUUUUUGCUGCGGCGAUCCAUGACUUUGAACACACGGGAACCACAAACAACUUCCACAUCCACACCAGGUCGGAGGUCGCCAUCCUGUACAAUGACAGGUCGGUGCUGGAGAACCAUCACGUCAGCGCCGCCUACAAGCUGAUGGCCGAGGAGGAUAUGAACAUCCUGGUCAACCUGAACAAAGAAGACUGGAGGGAGCUGAGGGCUCUGGUGAUAGAGAUGGUGAUGUCCACAGACAUGUCCUGCCACUUCCAGCAGAUCAAGACCAUGAGGAACGCCCUGACACAGACAAACGGUAUAGACAAAGUGAAGGUUUUAUCUCUGAUGCUUCACGCAGCAGACAUCAGUCAUCCUGCCAAAGCCUGGCCGCUGCACUACCACUGGACUCACAGCCUGAUGGAAGAGUUCUUCAGACAGGGAGAUAAAGAGGUGGAACUCGGUCUUCCUUUCUCUCCCCUCUGUGACCGCAAAGCCACCAUGAUCGCCCAGUCACAGAUAGGUUUCAUAGACUUUAUCGUGGAGCCCACUUUCACUGUCCUGGUUGAUACAACAGAGAAGGUGAUCGGACCUCUCAUAGAUGAAGACAGGAAGGCCAAAGAGAGUGGAAACAGAAGGUCAAGCCUGACAGGAAGCGGUUCAGUCACCGUGGAGUCGGUGCAAAGACACAGCAGUAAUCGCCAUGGAAACACCGACGACGGACAGAUGAACUUUUCCCUGACAGCCAUUGACCUGCCAGCUCUGAGGCACCACCUCUCCAGCGUCAUCGCCAGCAACAAAGAUCGAUGGAAGGAGCUGUCUGUGCACGAGCUGGCCAAGAAGGAGAAAGAGGAGACCGAGGCGAAAGACGAAGGUGAAGACACCGGCUCAGACGUCCCGCCCCAGGCCUCGCCCGGCCACGGCGUCACAGAUCCGUCGCAGAACUCAGACGAUUGUGCUCCAGCUGAAAAGUGUGAUGAUGAAUCACCUGACCACACGGCUGUGGAUCACCUGACCUGGAACGGGGCAGAGGAGGAAGAGGAGGACGACAAAGUGCCUGAAAAUGCCUGAUGACCCAAAACUACAAGUCCUCUAUUAAUCUGACUUUGGCAGAUCACCAUGGCAACAGGCAGCUCGGUUGCAGUAACCACUAGGGUUUAGACUCUUCUGUGUAAAGAAGCUGACUCAGUGGCCCCUCGGUGGCCCCCAGAGGGCCUCCAGAUUAUCUGUUUACAAGUGAAUGUGGAUAAAUCAUACUUUGGAGUGACACCCUCCCCCCACACCUCAUCAGAUCAUGGCUUCUUAGCAGCUUCCUGGUUCAUUUUCUGUCAGGCUCAGAGGUAAAUCGUCUGGAACAACCAAAGAGUGUGUGAUGGUUGGCGAAUCCCCGUUCACGAUUACCGUCGUUUAUCAGGACGAGUGAAACACGAAGCUGUUAAGAAGCAGCCGUGGCGGUGACUUCAGCAGGUGUGUAGUUUUGUUUAGACGCCUUCAGUAAUCCAUGGUGCUGCUCUGCUCUCUGCUCCAACUUCACAUGCUCAGGUAUGUCGUAAUCACCUAACACACCUCCACGUCUGUGACGGACGUUCUUGGUGUUGAGAUCCUCGUCGAAUCAAAGUAUUGAAGUGGAUGUAAGUAUGCUGACGCAAACAAGCUUUUAAAUUCCUUACAUUACUUUUGUUUACUCUUCAGGCCUCGACGUCUGCCAACGUUUGCCGCCACUUUACCUGAGUUCAUUUUCAAUAUUGUGCAGGAACGUUGGUCCUCUAAUUCAAUUAAAAAAUAAAUAUUGUAAUUCAUAUCUUCCAAGUACCUUCAAAGAGUCGUUGAGAAUGGUGAUACUUUGGACAGGAGGGAUCAAACCCAAUCAAAUCAAGUCUUACAGCCAAUCAGAAGAGGCCUCCACCUGAAGGCUGUGGCUGUAUGACAGGCUCAUGACAGUGAUGCUAUGCUAACAAUUCAACUUCCAGGCAGCAGAGAUGACAUUUCACAUUUCACCAUCGCUUGUUGAAAAGCACCACUAAUCCACCUCCUUUGCUUUUGCCGCUCGUCUUUAAAGGUCUUUAUGGCAGUAUGGUCCGACACGGUCAAGUCUGAGGUUUGAUAGUUGCUUAUUGUGAUCGAUAGACGUAGUUUUAACUUCCGCACUCGUUCUUUGGUCCUGCUCUGCAUCAAUGAAGCCUACUUUUCAACCCCUCUGGGAUUUGGUGUGAAAUCUGAAACUCAAUGUAAAUGUAAAAAAGAAAAUUGCCUCCAAUAAUCUCCAUCUGAUGAAAAUCACAAAAGAUUAACAAAAUGUUAUUAAUAUUACAAGCCAUACACAUGUGUAUUGGAGAUGUUUUUGUCAUAUUGACAAGACAAAGCUUCUAGGAGAAUGUCCAUUGGACAGAUGAGACAAAAUUUGAGCUUUUUCACAGGACAAAUUGGCCGUAUGUCCAGACACACAAAAAUGAAGCAGACCUAGAAAAGAUCACAGUCUCUGCUGUCAAACAUAGAGGAGGCUGGGUUAUGUUCUCGGGCUGCUUUGCUUUGCUUCCUCUGAAAUCUGUGCAGAAUAAAAUGAAAUCUCAAGGGAGCAUUCUGGAGAGAAAUACACUGCCUAGUGUCUUCCAACUAAAUAGUGACACAAAACUCAGCUAAAAACUCAAAACGAUGGCUAAGAGCAAAACAUCGGACUGUUCUGAAUUGUCCUUCUACAUUCAAUAGGACAUCUAGGAGCUGAAAUAUGCCAUCUGGAGAAGACGCCCUUCAAAACUCAAACAGUUUGCCCUGGAGUGGGGCGAAGUCCCUGUUGACAGGUGCAGAAGCCUCACUGACACAGUGAUUGAUUGCAGUUCUUACCUUAAAACAACAAAAUAUCAAGUUACGGGUACCAUCACUUUUGUCCAGGCAUGUUGCACUAGUUGGCUUUUUAAAAUGAUUCUGCUGAAACACGAUUUUCAGCGGUUCAUUUUCCAGGAAUUUUGUUUAUCGUUGCUUUUGUCCGUUUCCAGUUAUCUCAGUGACCUUUGUGUUCAUUUGUGCCCUUUAAAAGUCCAGUUGAUCUUAAGCUCAGCAGUCAGCAUCAGUUUUUGUUUUACGUUUCAUGUCCUAAGAUGUUGUUUAAUUUCUUCACACCGCUUUCACAUGGCGCUUGCCUUCCCAAAAUUCAUUCUCUACUUUAUCAUCCAGAGUUCAUGGGGUUACUUUGUCCUCUCUUCUCAUAGCCAUGGUUUCCUUCUGUGUUCCUUUUAUUUAAAUCGUCUCUCAUUCAGAUGUUCUUCAUAUUUUUAUUCAUGGACUUUCUGCAUCUGUCUUCGUUUCAGUCAAAUAAAAACUUCUCUGUCAUCAGAUGCUGGUCUGUUUGAUUGUGAGCCUCAAUUUGAGUCCUUCGUCCACUGAUCCAUGACAACACGCCUUAAACCAAGAAGAGGAACGGAAGAGCUGAGCAAUUUAGGCGACUCUUCAGACAAGCAUUUAUUUUAAGAACUCAAAAAAAAAAUGUGGCCGUUUGACACCAUCUUGAAUUCAAUAGAAUCCGUCACCCCUCCGUUCUUACCUUACGUCUCUCCGGUUAGAGACCCAGCAGUUGUCACAGCACCAUUAGUUCUUCCUGGGAUGACACGAAGCGCUUUGUGUUGCCAAAGCAACGCUUGACUCUGGCAACACAGGCUGCUCUGUGUCCAGGUGGGGAGCAGAGCAGCAACAGUGAGGCGGUCCGGAUUUUACUACGUGUGUCUUCUUCACGAGACGUUUUAUACAGCACGGAAUGUCUUCUUGUUCUUUAGGACAAUGUGUCCAUAGCAUAAUAUUAGGAUCUGUACCAUCCUUGUAUAAAGAGUAGAGACGAACCCUCCACAUGCAGACAGAUCAAUAACGGUGACUCAGUGGCGGCACCAGUCAUCUGACAACAACCAGACUACUGCAGCUCAUCGUCCGGCCAGUUUCUCUUCUCUGUGUUACCGUUGCAACUGCUGACUGUGAAAAAACGACGGGACCGCCGCAGUGUUACCACGGCGAUGAGGUCAUUGUUGGUUUCCACAUGAAUGGCCAAAGAGCCAGCGCUAAGCCAAGAUGACCAACAGUGAAUACUCUGUAGACGCUCAGAUCACUGUGCUUGUUCCUGCGAUGUUCGCUGUGGUCGUUGUGUAUCCUUGGCUCUUUGUGUUACAGAGUGUGUAUGUUGGAAAUGGGAGGCCGAGAGAGAAAGAGAGAGAGAGUGGGUGUGUGUGUGUGUGUGUCUGCUGUACAGUAAUUUAUUGUAUUAAACAUCCUAAACUCUG